GCUGAGUGGAGCUCCUUCAGUCGGUGCGAGGGGCAAGCGCUGCACUCUGGGCAUGCGAUUUUCGCUGCUUCCCCCGUCGGGGUUUGCUGGGACGCUGCUCGCCCCGAGGGCUUAGUGGCCUCUGCUCCGAGCUCCUGUCUGCCGGCGGUGUGGAGGCAGGGGCCGCCCUCGGUUGCUGCAACUAUGUCGGGGGCUGCGAGCGACGACGGUAAGAAAGAGGCACAGGUGGAAGGCGGCGGCUUGUACGCGGAAGACGGGCAGUGCGACUCGGGCAUCGGGUGCAGCCGCUCCCUGCACGGCCAGCUGGGUGAAGGCGAGCCGAGAUCGCCGUCAGCCCUGCGGGUGCCGGGGGAAAGAGACCCCGAUCCGCCGUGCCUAGGCGAGGAGGACACGGGCGCCGCCUUAGAGACGGAGGAGAGGCUCGAUUCCAGCUACGGUUCUUCGUCUCUCGUCGAGUCCUUGCGGGAACUGGGGAAGACUCCCGAAGAGGAGGAGGAGGAGGCGGAGGAGGAGGAAGAAGAAGGACUUCGGCAGCAGCUGCUGGAGACUUUCCCUUUCGUCUCUGAAGACGGAGACACGCUGCUGCACCUGGCGAUCAUCCACUGUAUGGACUCGGUAGCACUCUGCUGCAUUGCCCAGUUGCCCAAGGAAGUCUUGGAGAUGCAGAAUGACUUAUUCCAGACCCCACUACACCUGUCUGUGUACCUGCAACAGUCUAAUGUGGUGCAAGAAUUAAUUUUGAAAGGAGUAAGCACAGCUUUACAAGACCGUAAUGGAAACACCCCCCUACACUUGGCCUGUGAGCAACAGAGUCUGGAGUGUGCCCAGCUGCUGCUACAACAGCAAGAGCCAGUCUUUGGCAAGCCCUUGGAGUAUAGGAGAUCCCUGAAAAAUCUGCAGCUCCAGAACUGGCAAGGCUUCACCUGCCUGCACAUCAGCACCUUAAAAGGAAAUCUGCAGCUGAUGGCACUGCUGGUGAACAGUGGAGCUGACAUAAACGUUCAGGAUGGUACGAGUGGAAAGACGCCUCUUCACUUAGCGGUGGAGAACCAUGAUGAGGUGGCUGUGAAGCACCUUCUGCAAAUGGGAGCCCAGGUGGAUGCUCAGAUGUACAACGGUUGCACCCCACUUCACCUGGCUGUAGGCAGGAAAGAUGCUACCAUUGCUGCCAUCCUCUGUCACUCAGGGGCAGACACCUUGCUUAGAAACAUGGAGGAUGAAACAGCCCAGGAUUUGGCUGAUGGCAAUGAUGAUAUACUUACUCUCCUGCCUUUUGAUGACCUGAUGAUCUCUGGGAAGCCGGUCGUGUGUUCCAGUUGAGCAUUCUAAGACUUGAGUUAGAUUGUCACUUUUUGGGAGAUGGUGGGCCAGAACACUGCUGCUGCUACAGGUUGUCUGGCUCCCAGAAAAUGAUUCCACUUGUAGCAAAGUCUGAGGCUUUGUGCCUCCUUCAGACACUUCUUGAUAGUGCACUGGACUUUGGGAACCGCUGCUGGAGGAAAACUGCUCCUGGUACAUUGAUUGUAGUGCCUAGAAGAUGAAAUGGAAUUGCCUCCCUUUUGAAGGACACCAGUUCAGAUAGAUAAGGCCUAUGUUUGCUUCACCUGCUUUGGCUAAAAUCUCAAUAAUCAUUGGACCAGAGGUCAGAGAUCCUGGAGAGGUGUCUUAAUUUUUUUUCUUAAACUGCACAGUGCAUACAGAUGUCAAAUUUGCUCUGUUUCCUCCAGAAGCCUAUGAUAGGAGUCUCAAGGCAGUGCGGCUGGUGGUGUUUGUUUUUGAGAAGAGUUUCCUGAGCUAGCUAUGGCUUAGGUUCUAGGCAUUUCCUUCAGUGACUGCUAUAGUCAGCACUGUUAUACUGGCUUGUAUAUCUGUGGUGUUGAGGACUGCACAGUAGCCCUUUCACUUUAGCCCAUCUGCUUCCUCCCAUGGAGGAUACCCCAUUGCAAACAGAUCAACAGGACAGGAGCCUGCCUUUAGUUCUACCCAGAACAUAGAGAACUUGAGUGAAGGCUGAACUCAUGGACAGAGAAAUGCGCCGUUCACCACUUCUGCCUGGAAUGAUUGUUGUCCUUAGGAUCACAUUCAGGCAGAUGCACUGUUCUGUUUCAGCUCUGUCCAGAUUUGCUAGAUAUUCUGUUCUGCUAGGAACUGCCAGGUUCUUUAUUAAAUUGCAGUCCUACAAAUGCCAUAUUUCCCUCAGGCAAAAGAAUGCUAAACUGAAUUCCCACUUUCACCCAGAUCUUAGCUCGUGAAAUAAGGAAAUGCCAGAAUCUGCCCCACUUUGUCAGGGAUUACAGGCUCCCUUCCUGGAGUACUUUUGAAAAGCAGCUUUUUAAUGGCUGUGUCACAGGAAAGCUCUCUCCUCCUGACUAUCCUUAUGGGAGAAGCUGUCACUGGAACAGCUUCCUGAGUCUUAUUCCUUAGCAUUUUAAAAUAACUUUUACUAUGACUUGUCAGCCUCAGCCUGUGAGUAAUCCAUUCCUCUUGCUUCUCCCUGCCUUCUAAAUUGUAGGGCUAGUGACCCAAAGCCACCUGUUCCAAGAGAUGUCAACAGAGUGAUUUGGAAAUAGUGACCAACAAAAUGAAGAGAUGCAGGAGAGUUUUAUUCAGUGCUGAUUUCUCUGUUGAAGGUUACUGUGCUCAGCCAGAAGACUGUACUGUGCACUCUCUCUCCCUUUCUCCCUCCACUUGUUGCAACUGAUGAUUGAAGUAUGUUAGAUCAGCAGACAAAGGAACAGGAGUUGCUUACAUGCAACCAUUACUUUGCUGGACUGGGGAAAUUCCCAGCUCUCUCCCUCCUACUAUCGCUGCCUGGGAGUGGCUUUUUGUAACGUGGCAAGUCCUGGGUGGCGCAAUCAGCUGGGAUGUUUUAGGGAGAGGCUUCUUGUCUUCCUUCCGUUUGGGGUUAUUUUGUUUUCAAAAGAAGGGACUUAGAAGCAGCAGCACCUUAACCUGCGUCAUUCUCCACUUGUGUUUUUUUCUUCCCCUUUGUUAUCUUGUCUGGCUUGAGACCUUUGCUUUCUAGAAAUUCCUUUCUUCCUCCCAGGUUUCACUUUGUUUCCCAAUAACAAAAUAAAGGUUUUUCAGCUGGA